AUGCAUCCAUCCAUCCAUCCUCCUCCCCCUAUCUCCCCCAAUCUUUUGAUUGAUCUAGAGAAAAAUUUUCGCGUCUUUUGGUUUUCCUUUUUUCCCUUUUUCUUUGUACUGGCCGUGUCUACUGGUGGAGACGAUGGAGAGCUUCUGCCACGGGUCAACCAUGGUCUAUCGAGCAAGUCCACAAGCGCGCGUGUAGCGUGUGAGCCCGUUGUCCGUAUUCCUGUGUAUUACUGGUUGCUUUCUGUUGUCUCUUCUGGUGGGCGCGGCUGGUACCAUCUUUUUUGGUCUGUUGCUUCCGCCAGUGGGACUUUUCUGCCAGUGGGUUUGUUGCUUCCCACUGCCGCCAGUUGCCGGUUGCCGGUUGCCAGUUGCCAGUUGCCAGCCGCCCAUUUUCCUUCCACUGGCGGGUCCAUUUAUCUCACUGGUAGGAGCCAUUUAUCCCACUGGUCGGACAUUUGCUUCCUGUUGCUUCCUGUUGCUUCUGCCGGGGAACUCGAUGGUUCCAUUUCUGCCGCAAAGGUGUCGGCUAUGUCGUGUCCUCAAGACACCUCGUCAAAAGCCGAUAAGGCUCACCAGAAGCCCAACAAGGGCGCCUAG